UGUGCCCAGUGUUCCUCUGCUGCCCUCGGGUGGUCAGAGUCGCAGCGCUGGCGCAGCUCGGUAUUACCAAGGAUGCCAUCUUCUCCUCAUGAUGUCAGCUCUACCGACAGGAACCAAGAUUGACCGAAGUCUGUGGCAGCUCUGUUCGCGCCGUUUCGGCGGCGCUUGAGCGGGGUGUAAACUGAUUUUACGAGAUGCUAUAUUCCAAGCCGUUCGCAGAGACCGUCGGUCUGUGAUGCUGGGGGAAACCAUAGCGACCUACAUUUUGAUAUCAUGUGAUUCUUUGCUUUGAAUUCUUGUCCGUUAUCUCCGGCGGGUUUCCAUGAUUGGCAACACGUUCGGAGGCUGCUCCGAAGCCAUUCACAAGUUUCCAAGAAAACGGACCGAUCACGAUGGCUUCAUGUUUGCUCUGAAUCCCGAAGUGUCGUUCGGCCUUUCUCGGCGUGACAAGAGCUGAGCCUGAAGUUGUUCCUUGGCGGCGAUCUGUGGCUGAGGCAUGUGACGAUGAUUUUUUUUUUAAAGUGAGGCUUCGGUGCGAGCUUCCUUUCUCGUGGGGAAGCCGGGGACCCCACAAUCUGGCGUCCGGCUGCCGAUGCGGGGAACGGCACUGCGACCUCACCAUCCUCCAGAUUCCUCUCUGGGGGAGGAGGGCGUGAAACCGCCGGACGGACCGAUUCGAAUCUGCGAUUGCGGGGCCGACGCUACCGCAACCGUUGGGCUAGCCAUGACCUGCAUAUCGUCUAUUUUUCGAGAAGAGAGGCUGUCUCCAUCAGAUGCUCUCUAUCAGAGAGGGUGAUUGCGUAUCAUGUAGGCUACCACCCAGAUCAAGCACAUACUACACGCGUACACAGGUACAGACAUACACACACCUGCAUAUCUACAACAGCAAGAUAGACGACAGACCUUGGAUGACAGCAGGGGAGAAAAAGCACGGUGCCUGAGUUUAGUGCUCCUCCUCCUGUCUCGGGUGGCCCGAUUUGGCAUCCUCCCCAUACCCCAUACGAUUCUGUACCCCAGUCCAUGCUCCCCACACUGCAUACGCUCCGUUGCAACGCUGUCAACUUACCUUCCCGCGACCCGGGUCCUACCCCUGCUUCCCGGCCCUGCCUCUCUGCUCUGGCCAUCGUAGCACCGAGCACGAGAAACACCGAGAAGCCAUCUUGCUCACACCUUGAGGUCGGCCCUUCCCUCCGCAGCCCCACCGUGCCAACGGCUUGGACGUCCGUGGACGCCCUUGACGUUGAGGCGGUCCUUGGCUUGACCCCGGCCCGAGCACGGCAGCCUCCCGGUACCACACGUUGA